AUGCCGAUGGCUUUACAUUCCAUCUUCGCCACCAAUCUAGGGACUACAGUAUCAUCAUGCAUGUCCAAGACCUCGACUCGGUCUUAUCGGAAUCGAAUUGGCGUCAUUUCUGUGAAUUGCUCGAUGGAGACGACGCAGGCUGAUGAUCGGUGUGUGAAGCUGAAGAACGGGAACGACUCAUUGGAGAUUUCCAGAGUUAUUAACGGUAUGUGGCAGACGAGUGGAGGAUGGGGAAAAAUCGACCGAAACGACGCCGUGGAAGCAAUGCUCCGGUACGCCGAUGCUGGACUCUCCACCUUCGACAUGGCCGAUAUCUAUGGUCCAGCUGAAGAUCUUUACGGCAUUUUUAUCAAUAGGGUUCGUAGAGAAAGACCUCCUGAGUACUUAGAAAAGAUCAAAGGUUUGACAAAAUGGGUUCCUCGUCCAGGGAAGAUGACAAGCAACUAUGUUCGUCAGAACAUCGACAUAUCUCGGAAGCGAAUGGAUGUUGCUUCUCUUGACAUGCUUCAGUUUCACUGGUGGGAUUAUGCGAAUGAUGGUUAUCUUGAUGCAUUGAAACACCUCACUGACUUAAAAGACGAAGGUAAAAUCAAGACUCUUGCUUUGACAAAUUUUGAUACAGAAAGACUUGAGAAAAUCUUAGAGAAUGGAAUCCCUAUUGUUAGCAAUCAGGUGCAACACUCUGUUGUAGACAUGCGUCCUCAACAGAAAAUGGCUCAGCUUUGUGAGCUUACAGGCGUCAAACUUAUAACUUAUGGGACUGUAAUGGGUGGUCUCUUGUCAGAGAAGUACCUUGAUACCACCAAUUUAACCAUCUCCUUGAAGACUCCUUCUCUCCAAAAGUACAAAACUGUGGUUGAUACAUGGGGAGGGUGGAAUCUAUUCCAAAGUUUACUACGAACGAUGAAGAGCAUAGCCACAAAACAUGGAGUCUCUAUUCCAACGGUGGCUGUGCGAUACGUACUAGAUCAGCAAGGAGUUGCUGGAUCAAUGAUUGGGGUGAGACUUGGGUUAGCGGAACACAUACAAGACGCAAAUGCUAUAUUCACAUUGGUAUUGGAUGAUGAAGAUGUUAGUAGCAUACAAGAAGUUACCAAGAAAGCUAUCCGCUUCCUGCGAGAUCGGUCAACUUCUACGAAAAUGAAGGUUGUUGCCGCUUUUUUGCUCGCCGUUCUGAGUGGGAAAGCUUCCCCAACCAGUGGCGAUAUCAAAACUAUUCUCGGAUCAGUUGGAGCUGAGUCAGAGGAUGCUCAGAUUGAGCUUUUGUUGAAGGAAGUGAAAGGGAAAGACUUGGCUGAGCUAAUUGCUUCCGGAAGGGAGAAGUUGGCUUCAGUGCCGUCAGGUGGUGGUGGUGUUGCCAUGGCUUCUGCUCCAUCCGCUGGUGGAGGAGGCGGUGCUGCUCCUGCUGCUGAGUCCAAGAAGGAAGAGAAGAAAGAAGAGAAGGAAGAAUCUGACGAUGACAUGGGUUUCAGUUUGUUCGAGUAA